AUGGAAACAAGUGCAAGCCCUGAGCACAACUUGAUGAUCGAUGGAAGUGCUUCGCCAACUCUGCAAAUUGACCCUAGAAGAGCCCGGUUUCCAUGCUGCAUUGUGUGGACACCCCUUCCUGUUAUUUCAUGGUUGAUUCCUUUCAUUGGCCACAUUGGCAUAUGCAGAGAAGAUGGUGUGAUUUUGGACUUUGCUGGGCCCAAUUUUGUGUGUGUGGAUAACUUUGCUUUCGGAGCAGCGACUCGCUACAUCCAAAUAAGCAAAGAAAAGUGUCACUCUAUUCCCAAUCCAUCUGUGUGUCAAAGCGAGGAUCAAUACGGGCAGGAUGAACCUGGAAGAGACAUAAUGACAUGGGAUGAUGCACUUCGGAAGGGCACGCAGGAAUUCCAACACCGAUCUUAUAAUAUUCUUACCUGCAAUUGCCACUCCUUUGUAGCCAACAACCUAAACAGGUUAGGCUUUCGUUCUGGUGGGUGGAAUGUGGUGAACCUUGCAGCUCUGAUCUUCCUCAAGGGUUCAACCUUCCUAACUUACUUAGGAUUCUUCACGGCCUUUCUUGUUGGAUGGUUUCUUCUUGGUACUUACUGUUUCAAGAGUUUGAUCCAUUUGUAA